CGCAUCUUCAGUUCGCAUUCGGAGCCCCAGCGAGCUAUAUCUCCUUGAGACGGAAAGGAAACAGCCGACGGGAGCUUUCAAGUUUCCCUCUCCACGGGAGUCGCGACGAAGAUUCUUCGAUUCGAAAAAUAAAGUGCCAAGUUUCUCUCGCCACGUACUCUUUAUCACCGGUACACGCAAAAUAUACACAUCGUACGAGAUCGUCUUCCGUUUCGCACGGUGAUCGCACGUGACACAGCUUGAACAGCAAAGAACGUCGAGAGCAACGUGCUCGUUGAACGGCCAGAGACACUACGUUGUUCAUUUGAAUUACUCGCUUGAUUUCGAGAAUCUGGCUCGCGUUUCUGUUCAUCUCGUACGUUCGAAGAAUCAAUUACGGGUGUGCUUCCAAUGUAAAUCCACGAGAGCGUAUAUAUCGUCGGAGUGGCAGUUUCUGUGUUCUCGAAGUUGAUAUAUCGCGGUUUUUUAUUCUUUUAUUCCUCCAACGUCUUCCGUGCGGUACGCGCACAGCCUUGGUCUCGAACGAGAGGAAGGCGGAUCGCUACGUUUACUAUUUAGCUCCAGUGUGUUUUGUGCGAAACUGAGGGAACAUGUCGACCGCCGUCAUGAGCACCCCUAUGUUCGAGUGUAGCGAGCAUCUCUUCAAGAACGCAGCCUCCGCGAAAGCGAAGGAGCCCAGCUCGACGUCAUCGACGAACAGCUCGGGGAGCAGUUCGAGCGGGAACAAUGGCGGGCACGCGCCCCUACGUCGCAGCUACACGUCCCUAGUGACCAGUCUGAUCGAGCAGCAUCGUAAACUAGAUCGCAGCGCGAGCGAGCCAACGUCUCGCUACAAAACCGAGCUGUGCAGGCCAUUCGAGGAAAGCGGUACCUGCAAAUAUGGCGAUAAGUGUCAGUUCGCUCACGGCUACAGCGAGCUACGCAAUCUCGCCCGUCAUCCGAAAUACAAGACCGAGUUGUGCCGCACCUUCCACACGAUCGGAUUCUGUCCGUACGGUCCUCGUUGCCACUUCAUCCACAACUUCGAGGAGGCAAGGAUCCACAAUCAGAAAGUGAGCGCUCAGCUGGGCUCCACGCAGCCGAACAUUAUGGGUUUGAACCCGUUGUUGAGCGCCGCGGCGGCAGCGGCCGCAGCCGCCGCAGCCACACCGAACCUGAUGAGAACGAACUCGUUGAGUCUGUGCAGCAGCAGCAACGCGUACAAUCCGCCGCCAUUGCUACGAACGAACUCUCUGAGUCUGACCACGAGCCAGCACCAUCACCACCACCAUCACCACCAUCAUCAUCACCAGACUGGUUCCACGACCGUCAGCUCGGUGAUCGGCGCGACCAGACCGAAGCCGUUGAAUCUCAGCCCGACCUUCUCUCUCGGCAGCACCGGAGACUCCAUCUCGCCGUCCUCGAGCCUCAGUCAAUCGCCGACCAACUCGAUGGCCAGCUUCUUCAGCGACGAUUGCAGCCAACAACCGUCCGUGACUAGUCUACCUACCACGCCGUUCAGCUUCGGCCAGGACUUCGGCCUCCUCGCGACGAGGCAGAGCCCGAGCCCACGGACAAACAACGUGUGCAGCCCUCUAGGCUCCGACGAACUCGCCCCGAGGACACCGUCCCCUUUGUCGCCCAACGCCGAGUCCAGAUUGCCUGUCUUCAACAGGAUCAGCAGCACCCUCUGCGACUUCGACAACCUGAAGAUCUAAGCUCGCGGGCCUACUGUGCUCCUUCGACGUUUUUGGUAUCGUAUCGGUUCUCUUCGGGUCAGACACACAAAGACUCUCGAAGGACACGGAGGCUGAGACGUCGCAAUCCCCCACAAACCCUUUGGGAUUUUUUUUAUCUUCCGAAAAGACAAGAGAACGUUAGGGAGAGGUGGACGGACUCUCCCACCGACUUGAAGAAAAAGGUUUCUUUUCUUUUUAAACACUUGAGCUGCAUUUCUCCGCGCGGGACGGAUUCUUUCCUCUUCCGUCGUACUCGGCUUCUUAUUUAAGCAUUUCUUUUCUGUUCGUAGUGCACUUUAGACAGAGACACAGACACACACACCUUACUUUCGUUCUUUAAACGAUCGUCUCUUCCUUCUUUCUUUUUUUAUUAUAAUCGUCAUGAUUAUAUAUUAUAUUAUUAUAUUAUAUAUUAUUAUUAGAUUAUUAUAUUAUAUUAUUGCUAUAAUUAAUAUUAUUAUUGACAUUAUCAGUAAUAUCAUUAUCGGAUAUCGAAUAUCGUCGUUACUCUUAAAACCGCAUCGAGUGUCGUCAGUCGGUCUCGGACUUUCGACUACCCUUUUCUUCUUUCUUUUUCUUCACUCUAGAUUUACGCUCGUUUAACGGUAAGGUCGAGAUCGUAUCAUCCCGGAUGUCCCGACCUGCUCGCGAGAGUCCCCGGAUGGAGAAGGAGAGCAAAGCGAAAACGAAGGAGCAUAAUUGUAAAAGCGAUCCGUAAGAACAAAGAGCCAGCGUGUGGAAGUCGCCGGAUCGAGAAGGGGACGAGUCCAAGUCUCUUCCGAAUUGUAACUUUCCUCGAGCGAGUUGUUCUUUGAUCUCUCUUGGACUCGGACCGGAUCCUCCUCUUCGUCCCGCGUCUUCAGCCUCCGCUGCCUCUCGUUCGCUCUC